AAUUUUUCGAUUUGUUAGCUUAACUUUCAAGACCUGACUGAAAGCUCUCUUAGAUACUCUCCAUCUGUCUCACAAAGAGCCUUUUCAAACAAGCAAAACCCAAAAGAGUAAACGUCUCGAAGCCAGCGCGUUACCGGAAAAUUUCCUAGGUUUCGUCGUUGAUUCCAUAAAAAUCACCAAUUCAACUCUCUAUUAAGCGAUAGUUGAUCAAAGUGGGUGAUUUUCUUCUUCUCUUUUGCUGACUUUGCAUCAAUUGCAGUCAGUGUUUACUUCCAAUGGAGGAUCAUCUUCAGAUUUCUCCGGCCGGGGCAAAAGCAAGUCCAGGGAAAGAGCAACAAGCCGCAGGAGUAGGCAUACUUCUUCAGAUCAUGAUGCUUGUACUCUCAUUUGUGCUUGGUCAUGUCCUUCGUCGUCAUCGCUUUUAUUAUAUUCCUGAAGCCAGUGCCUCUCUUUUAAUUGGUUUGAUUGUAGGAGGAUUGGCUAAUAUAUCAAAUACAGAAACAAGCAUUAGGGCAUGGUUUAACUUCCAUGAAGAGUUUUUCUUUCUCUUUUUAUUGCCACCGAUCAUAUUUCAGUCAGGAUUUAGUCUAUCACCUAAACCGUUCUUUUCAAACUUUGGAGCAAUUAUCACUUUUGCUAUUUUAGGAACUUUCAUUGCUUCUAUUGUCACAGGCAUUCUGGUUUACCUUGGUGGAGUCACGUAUCUCAUGUACAAACUUCCAUUUGUCGAGUGUCUGAUGUUUGGUGCUCUUAUAUCGGCAAGUGAUCCUGUCACUGUUCUGUCUAUUUUCCAGGAGCUUGGCACAGACGUGAACCUAUAUGCGUUAGUGUUUGGGGAAUCUGUUUUAAAUGAUGCAAUGGCAAUUUCGUUGUACAGGACAAUGUCAUUGGUCAGAAGCAACAUGUCAACUGGUCAAAAUUACUUCAUGAUAACUGUCCGGUUUUUUGAAACUUUUAUGGGCUCCUUGUCAGCUGGUGUUGGAGUUGGAUUUGUUUCUGCUUUGCUUUUCAAAUAUGCUGGCUUGGAUAUUGACAAUCUUCAGAACUUGGAGAGCUGUUUGUUUGUCCUCUUUCCAUAUUUCUCAUAUAUGCUAGCAGAAGGACUUGGUCUCUCUGGCAUAGUGUCUAUAUUGUUCACUGGAGUCGUUAUGAAGCGCUAUACGUACUCAAAUCUAUCGGAAAGUUCACAGCGAUUUGUGUCAGCAUUCUUUCAUCUGAUAUCAUCAUUGGCUGAAACCUUUGUAUUUAUAUAUAUGGGAUUUGAUAUCGCAAUGGAAAAACAUAGCUGGUCCCAUGUUGGAUUUAUUUUUUUCUCAAUUCUGUUCAUUGUGAUUGCAAGGGCUGCCAAUGUGUUUGGUUGUGCAUAUUUGGUGAAUCUUGUUCGACCUCCACACCGGAAGAUACCAGCAAACCAUCAAAAAGCACUCUGGUACAGUGGCCUUCGAGGCGCUAUGGCUUUUGCCCUUGCUUUGCAGUCAGUCCAUGAUCUUCCUGAAGGACAUGGUCAGACAAUAUUCACUGCUACCACUGCCAUUGUUGUAUUAACGGUAGGCAAACUAACUCGAGUUUUGAUUUACUUCUUAUUGAUGGCCUAAUAUGGGUGAACGAACUAUCCAGAGACAAGCAGUAAAGAGAAACUAAUUGAUAAGCUGACUCUUAUUCUGUGGGUGAGAAAGUGUUGAUUGAAUGAGUACUUCGAUACAAACAUUGAAGUCAGAUUAGCAGCUGCAAAUUUUCCUCCUUUGCUAAUUGCAAGCAUUAGAGUUGCUGAUCCAAAACUUUUGUGCCUUUGUUUUUCUUUUAAUAAAUGAAAGAAGGUAAAAUAUAUUUUUCCAGCA